CCUCGAAAUAAAAGCGCUCCUCUGCGAACUGUUUGGUCACAUGCUGCGAUGGUUUGAAGUGGCGGCUUCAUGUCACACAUGCGUACCGACAAAGUGAAUGGCACACGGACGCAGAAGUGACACCGAGGCGACCAGAGAGAGGGGGAGGCUGCCAGAGCUGAUCCGCGGUAGUUGGGCAGAGCUCACUUUGGCGGAGAGGAGAAAGAAGAAGAGGAAGAAGAAGGAGCAGCAGCGGCGCGUGGAGGGGAUGAAGAUGAACCCCGCGGGAGGUUAUAGGAUCCCACCACCACCACCAGCAGCAGCAGCAGCAAAGACUCCGAGACCCGGGCUCUAGGAGUGCAGGGUGAAUUUGGCUCAGUUUGAGAAAGUUCGGCGACUGUAGCUGUACAAUGGUUAUCAAUGGGUCUCACCUGAACAGCUCCUCACCAGACCCAGCUGACACCGUCCUGAACCGCCCGCCGUGGGUUGCCACAACUUUGGGGUGUUUCCUCAUCUUCACUACGGUCGUUGACAUCCUGGGCAACCUCCUGGUCAUCUUCUCCGUUUAUCGAAACAAAAAGCUCAGGAACGCAGGGAACAUCUUUGUGGUGAGCCUGGCAGUGGCAGACCUUGUGGUGGCCAUCUACCCAUACCCUCUGGUCCUCACCUCCAUCUUCCACAAUGGCUGGAACCUGGGUUACGUCCACUGCCAAAUCAGCGGCUUCCUCAUGGGUGUCAGCGUCAUCGGCUCCAUCUUCAACAUCACCGGCAUCGCCAUCAACCGAUACUGUUAUAUCUGCCACAGCCUCAAAUACGAUAAACUGUACAGCGACAAAAACUCUGUCUGCUAUGUGUUGUUAAUCUGGGCGCUGACUGUUGUUGCCAUCGUGCCCAACCUGUUUGUGGGCUCGCUUCAGUACGACCCGCGGGUUUAUUCCUGCACAUUUGUUCAGUCGGCCAGCUCCGCGUACACCAUCGCCGUGGUCUUCUUCCACUUCAUUUUACCCAUCAUGAUUGUCACCUACUGCUACCUGCGCAUUUGGAUAUUGGUCAUACAGGUAAGGAGACGGGUCAAGCCAGACAAUCGACCCAAGUUGACGCCACAUGACGUUAGGAACUUUGUUACCAUGUUUGUGGUGUUUGUGCUCUUUGCCGUGUGCUGGGCACCGCUAAACUUCAUCGGACUGGCUGUAGCGAUCAAACCGGAGGUUGUGAUUCCCCUCAUCCCUGAGUGGUUGUUCGUGGCCAGCUACUUCAUGGCCUACUUCAACAGCUGCCUUAAUGCCAUUGUGUAUGGCGUGCUGAACCAGAACUUCCGGCGCGAGUACAAGCGUAUUGUAGUGUCAGUGUGCACGGCUCGCAUCUUCUUCCAGGACAGCUCGAAUGAUGCAGGGGAGCGGCUCAAGAGUAAACCGUCACCGCUAAUGACCAACAACAACCAGGUCAAAGUGGACUCUGUCUGAAACAGAACUCAGAGACAUAAAACCAGUAGGCGGUUACUGAGAGUAUGAGGAAGAAAAGGAAAAAAAAAGCUGAGUAAGAAAAAUACCAAAUAUAAACCACAAACAGCUUCUGUCGGGACUCAUACGGUGCUAUCUGAUAUCUGAACAAUCACAGCAAGAACAGGGGUGCGUAAUAUCUUUGUCUCUUAUCGAGCACUUUUGUUUGACUCUGCAGUCCCUGUAGUACAAAACAAUAUAUGAUGUCUGUUUUGUUUUCAUGUUUACAAUGAUGAUAUAAAUGUAUCAUUAAAUAUAUAAGUAUUUAUUUUGUAUGAAAUGCCAUGUAAAUACACAAUAUAUCAGGUUCCGGUUUCAAAAGAAUAAAAAGAACAUUUUAUGAGGCCACUAAAAUAAGAUUUCUACAAAGCUUGGUUGAAAAGAUACUUGCAAGUUUGUAAAUGGAGUUAACCAAUUUUAAUAACCUCAUUCGUGACACUGUAACGCUAACUGAGUGCAAGCAGUGUGGCUUGCUGCUGUGUUAGUGUAACCUACAGUACCGUCCAUUACAUUAGGUGGAAUAUAUUCUUUAGUAAAGACAAUAUCUCUCGCUCUCUCUCUGUCUCUACCACAUUGUGCGCUCAUUAUACUGUAUGCAUGGAUAUCGGAAAUUAUUCAUAUGCAAAAUAAAAUCUGAUAUUGAAGGAG